AUGGUGAAGAGGAAGUUGGGAGCCUUGGAAAAGGUCGAGGCUGACUUGCCCAAUUUACAAAACAAAAUUAGAAAAGAUCCAAAGUCUUAUAUCGAAGAUUUCCGCGCCCAGCAUUACCAAUAUGAAAGUCACCGGGAAAUUUUUAUGGCAGCGCCCUCGUCCGCCACGGAUACGGGAAUUAUCUCGCUGCGCGAACUUAUUGACUUUAUCGCUCAUGUAGCCGACUGCUACCCCGAUAUAACGAAAGAUUUCGGCCCGCAGCUCAUCGACAUCUUGUCGCAGCACCACCAGGUUUUGGAGCAGGAAUUGCGCGAAAAAAUUGUAGGAAGUCUCGUGCUUCUAAGGAAAAAGGAAUUGAUGGACUCUGCGACAUUACUUCAGACUCUGUUCCCAAUUCUUAUCACGACACCUAGCAAGACUUUGCGCCAGUUGAUUUUCCAGAAAAUUCUGAUGGAUCUCCGGUCUUCGAAUGCAAAGACGACGAACCACAAACUCAAUCGGACUAUGCAGACUGUUUUAUUUAAUCUUGUGACUUCUGACCGCACCUCCUCCAAGGGACUUUGGGCUAUCAAACUUACGCGCGAGCUCUGGAAGAGACAGAUCUGGACAGAUACCAAAGCAGUUGAAGUCAUGAAGGAGGCCUCGCUGUCUGAAAAUGAGAAGGUGGUUGUCGGGGGAGUCCGCUUCUUCCUCGGUGGAGACAAAGAGCGAGAGGACAUGGAAGAGGAGAGUAGCGACGACGAAGCUGUUGAUGUCGGACGGGUUAAGCACCAAGUCGGAAUUAACAAGAAGACCAAGAAGAAGGCUCGCGCCAUUGAGAGAGCAAAGGCGACUGUUCAAAAGCGAGAGCGCAAGAAGACUCAGCCUCACCCUUUGAAUUUCUCCGCUUUGCACCUCCUCCAUGACCCUCAAGGGUUCGCAGAGUCUCUCUUCUCAAGGCACCUCCAGAGUGCCAAGUCGAAGCUGAAUUUGGACCAGAAGCUUAUGGUAUUGCAGCUCGUGACUCGUCUUGUCGGCUUGCAUAAACUUCACAUCAUGCAUCUCUACUCCUACUUCCAGAAAUACCUCACGCCUCGACAACCUUCCGUCACCUCAUUCCUCGCAUCUCUCGCUCAGGCUUCCCACGACCUGGUGCCCCCCGAUGAUCUCGAGCCUCUAGUUCUCAAAAUCGCAAACGAGUUCGUUUCCGAGGCGUCGGCCUCCGAAGUCGCCACCGCAGGUCUCAACGCUAUCAGAGAAAUCUGCGCGAGACAGCCGCUGGCUAUGAACGAGACUUUACUCCAGGAUCUAGUCAUGUACCGGAAAAGUAAAGACAAGGGUGUCGUUAUGGGAGCUAGAGGUCUACUAAGUCUAUACCGAGAUAUCAAUCCCGAGAUGCUCAAGAGACGGGAUCGCGGUAAGGAUGCGUCUAUAAGCCUACAGCACGGUGAUAAGAAGGAGAGGCGGUUCGCUGCACAGGAUGUCGGUGGAAUCGAGGGUCUGGAACUCCUGGAGCAAUGGAAGGAGGAGGAACGCAAGAGGAAGAGGGCUGAAAAGGGUCUGGCUUCUGACGAAGAAGAUAACGAAGAGGAAGACGAGAACAACUGGGAUGCCUGGAACGUCGAAGACGACGAAGACAGCGACGACUCCGGCGGAUGGGUCAAUGUUGAAAGCGAUGCCGAAAUUGAUCUCAGUGAUUCGGACGAUGAGGGUGGUUCUCGCCCGACGAAGAAGGCAAAGCAAACUGACGAGAAGGAGAGCGCUGCCGAACCCAAGGCAGCAGAAAGCAAGCCAGAUUCGAAAAAGUCGAGUCUCGCAACUACCCGUAUCCUCACACCUGCAGAUCUCGCCAAGCUACAGGAGCUGCGCCAGGAAGCUGCGGUCAAUGCGCUUGUUCCAGGGCCGAAGCGCCGUGGGCCAGCUGCUGAGAGCCGUCAUAAGGAAGACCCUCUCACUGCAAUGGAGAUUGAGGGUCUUGCUGCCCUGUCUGCCGGAAAGAAGACUCGCGAGGAACGUAUCGCCCACGCUAGGGAAGGAAAGACAGAUAGGUCAGAGCAUAAGAGUGUGACCGCGAAGCGCAAGGAGCGAAAAGAGGAGCAGGGAAAGAGUACCACCAACAAGGAAAAGGCACGCAAGAAGAACUUCCUCAUGACAUUGGGGAAAGCGAAGUCCAAGGGCAAGAGAAGCUUGGUAGAGACACGGUCUGUCUUGAAGGCUCACCAGGAGCGGGCGAAGCGUGGUGGCAGGAGAGGAAACAAUGGAUAA